GCCCCGCCCCGCUGACCCGGCUUCUCCCCCUCGCUCGCUCCUGCCCCGGCAUGCAGGGCCCCGCCGCCGCCAUGUCCGGCUCUUUUGAGCUCUCGGUGCAAGAUCUCAACGACCUGCUCUCGGACGGCAGCGGCUGCUAUAGCCUCCCGAGCCAGCCCUGCAACGAGGUCAUCCCGAGGGUCUACGUGGGCAACGCGUCUGUGGCUCAGGACAUCACCCAGCUGCAGAAAUUGGGCAUCACCCACGUCCUGAAUGCCGCCGAGGGCAGGUCCUUCAUGCAUGUCAACACCAGUGCUAGCUUCUACAAGGAUACGGGCAUCACCUACAUGGGCAUCAAGGCCAAUGACACGCAGGAGUUCAACCUCAGUGCUUACUUUGAAAGGGCCGCAGACUUCAUUGACCAGGCCCUGGCCCAUAAAAAUGGCCGGGUGCUUGUCCAUUGCCGUGAGGGCUACAGCCGCUCUCCAACGCUAGUCAUCGCCUACCUCAUGUUGCGGCAGAAGAUGGAUGUCAGGUCUGCUCUGAGUACCGUGAGGCAGAAUCGUGAGAUCGGCCCCAACGAUGGUUUCCUGGCCCAACUCUGCCAGCUCAAUGACAGAUUAGCCGAGGAGGGCAAGGAUCCCUGGAACUGACUCGCUGGACAGAAAUGAGACUUGAAGGCAUCACCGAAAUGAAUCCCUCUUUUAUUGGAGAGAGACAGAGAGAGAGAGAGAGCGAAGAAAGAACUGCCUUUUAAAGAACUUUCUAAGGACGGUUUUGAAACACGCUGGACCUCGUGUGUGUGCACAUUCACCAGAGAUUGAACACAAUCUUCUUGGGACUUCAUGUUCUCGUUAUUCGUAUGUCCCCAGGGUCACGCAGAGCAGAGAGGUGGCAGUCAGCCACCACCCCAGCACCUGGCACAUAAGCGCCUCAUAAAAGCCUGUCUUAUGCUAUCCGGAGCUGUUUGAGGACCCCGUGUAUAGAGAGUUGUCGUUGUGGGACACACGGAUCCCAGCAUCCUGGUUGCCUGCCUGUAAGGUGUCUGACAGGAGUUUGCAGAGAAAUCUUCCUUGGAGGGAAAGAAAUAUCAGGGAUUUUCGUUGAAUGUUUCAAACUCAGCUUUAAGUGUAGGACUCGGCAGUGUUAAUGGUUAGGAUAAGGAGUGUGCCUUUCUCACAGCUGCUGAGGGGACAUCUGGCAAGAGCCAAGAGAAGCAGACCUGUCUUAGGGUGUCACUCCCAGGGUGAAGACCUCCGAUCCCAGCAGGAGCAGAGCUGUGCAGCCUGGAUGGUCAUUGUCCCCUAUUCUGUGUGACCGCAGCAGGCUUGGACACAUGGGGCUGGUCAUCUUUUUUUCCCCCCAGAAUGGAAUGGCUGUAGCCUCAGUCUGUAGUGUUCAAGUAACUUUCUUGCUUAAGACACAACUUGCAUCUUAAAAUAACCCUGUAAAGUUGACAGAACCAAUUCGUGUGUUAUGAGAGGGGAAAAAAAACCCAAAAACCCACAAAGCAAAAACGUCUGGGCUAGCCCGGUGUGGUUGCACGUCUGCAGGCCUAGUUCACAGGAGGCAGAGACAGGAAGAUCACUGGAGGAUCAAGGAUAGCAUGGUCUGCAUCCCGAGACUCCAGCCAGGGCUACAAUCCCGAGAUCCUGAGUUUUGGUUUUUGGUUUUUGGUUUUCGAGACAGGGUCUCUCUGUGUAGCCCUGGAUGUCCUGGAACUCACUCUGUAGACCAGGCUGACCUCAAACUUAGAGAUCUGCCUGCCUCUGUGUCUGAGGGGCUGGGACUAAAGACUUACGCUACCACUGCCCAACUAAGUUCCUGUCUUCUAAAAAACAAAAAAUUCAAGGUAAUUAAGAGUUGCCAGCUCUUUAAAGCUAAGUGGUAGUUGUUUCAGACCUGCUGCUUGAGGAAGCUGGGGUGUUCUUGACUUGGCCCCGAAAUCAGCCCCCAACAAUGUCCAAGUGCCCUGCACGUGACUUUGAGCCAUCUCCAGAGAAGGAAGUGAAAAUUGCAGCUUCCCAGUUGGUUAGGACACAGCCUCGAUUUAUCCAGGCAUCACAUGGCGACACGUGGCCUUGAACUCUCCACUCUGAGGCUGGGCUCCCCUCCCCCUGCCUCAUCUGAGUAACCACCCCAUAGGACAGCCACAGGACAGUCACCAACAUAUCCCUGAGGCCUCUUUGUGGGAACAUUAAGGAAAAGGCCUUUGGGAGGUUCCUGGCUUUCCUUUGGGGCUAUUCACUGAAAGUUCUGCAUUUCUUGGUUGGCUUUACCUCUUGUUUAUAAUAUUAGCUACAAGUCUUCAGGUCAAAUGCUCACGUUGUGGAAAAGCCAACUGCAUGCCUGCCCGUGAGUAGGGGAUGGUGGUGGGGGAUCCUGAAUAGUGUUCUGUCCCUGGAAAGAGAUGGAAUAGGAAUUCAGGGUGUCCCUCCUCCUUCCUCAGACCCAGUCACUUUCUGUGACUCAUAAAAAUCCAGGUAAAAAUUAACAAUGCAAAAAUGGUUUUUCUUCUCAAUUUUAAAGUCUGUCUGCGUUUUCCAGGGGGUAGGUCUGUCUCCUUGCCGUUCUAUUAUCUUGAGAGCACAGACUAACACUUACCAAAUGAGCGAGUCCUUUUGGCCCACCCUAAGGCUCUUCUGGGCUCCAGCACUCUUAAGUUGUUUUAAGAAUCCUGGCUUGGCCUUUAGCACCCCCAGGGAAAUGGGCGUGAAUGAUGAUGCCACGGCCAGCAGGGGGCACUGUUGAGAAGGUUGGUGCCUUCCAGCCACAAGUUGCUCACAGUAUUUAAAAUGCUAAAUGUUUAAAUCAAAAUAAGCACUGAUCUUAAAUAUGAAGAUAAGGGAUUUUUCUCACAGGAAAUUUUCUCUUUCAUAAUUCUUUUAACAGACUUUAUCCUGAUCGUAGAGUAGAGAGAAGAAUGCUUGGAUAUUUCACUUGUGUUCCUCUUUCCUCUGCCAGCUGUUAGGGUGACUUGUAAAUGCGAUUUAGUGGACAGAAAAAGUUC